CAUAUGAAAAGGAACCGAUAUAAAAGGUUUCACCACAUAACCAACGUCAACAGUUCAAAGUAAUUUCACAAAAGUGAUACAACCAACAGUCAUAUUAAAACUAAAAAUGAAAGCUAUCGUGGUACUUUGCCUUUUAGGAUUCGUCUUCGUCGUCUGCAAUGCUCAACCAGCUCAAGACGACAGUGUCAGUGACAGUGAUGAAUCCGUUGAUGGCAGCGGUGAUGAUUCCGUUGAGUCACCUGAGGAUGAUGAAUCUGUUGAGUCACCGGAAGACGAAGAAUCGGAUGAGCCGGAGAGUGAAAGUGAUGAGAGUCCAGAAAGUGUUGAAAAUCGCCCACGACAAUAAAUUUCGCGUUGAUUGAAUAAAAUUUUUGAAAGCGUU